AAGGAGGUGCACAAGCUACCCCAACUACUAUUUCUUCUCUCCUUUGAGCCAAGAGCAAAGAUGAACAGCUCCCUGGCUACCCUCGUUUUGUUCCUCAUUGCUGCUAUGUUCUUACCCCAACCUCAGGCUAAGCCCCAGGUCUCUUGUUGUAUUCACUACGAAAUCAGGCCUUUUCCAAAGGAAAUGUUGAAGUCCUUUGAAAAUGGAAGUCCCUUGUGUCCUAAGCCAGCUAUCGUAUUUAUCACAAAGAUGAACAGGAGGCUUUGUGCAGAUCCCAAUUUAAAAUGGGUCCAGGAUCGUAUUAGAGAUUUGUCUUAAAACUGACAACAUCCCACCUCCUUCAUAUUCACCCGGAGAAUCUCCAAGAAGUUGAAGCUUUUAAAAUGCUUUGAAGAUGGAAAAAAAGAACACGUGUGACUCUUAUUCUUGCACAUUCCUAACCUUGCACACUCCUAACUUAAACGUCAUUGAUGGAAGAUGAAAUAUGAAUAAAUCUCAGGGUGAUGGAAUCCA